CCCGAUGGUUCUUCUCCAUCACUUUCCCAACCCUAAUUUGCAAAAUCUUUGGCUUCGAGGAGUCUUCGCCAGCUCAGAAACCUCACUCCCCUAACGGUUGGAUCGAGAUCGUUUCGCAAUCGAACGAUUCAGAGCUCUCCAGUAGGGUUUUUAGACUACUGUUACCAAAUGGUGUGUUAAUGUCUUCUAUGUCUGCCGUUGAUCGACUCUCACUUGUGAAAUAUGUGUUUCCGAUUGAAAGAUUGCCUGAGUGGGUUCGGAAUAUGCUUCAGAAUGAGCGAGACUACAGCGUUUUGGCCGAUUUGUGUUCGUUGUUUAAAGGUAGGGUCAAGGAGGAUUCUGUUAAGGGUUCUUCAUUUCAGGUGCAAUUGAAUGUGUUUGAGUAUUACAUGUUUUGGUAUGCUUACUACCCAGUUUGUAGAGGGAAUUAUGAGAGUUGUGGUGCAGUAAGGGUUCAGAGAAGUAGAAGGUUUAGAUUGGAGAAUUGGACUCAUUCGAUUCCGGUGUUUUCAAGCGCUAAGCGUGGAACAGAGCGGAAAGUGGAGUGUAAUUUGUAUACACGGCUUCUUUAUGCAUACCUUCAUGCAUUUGUGCCUGCAUGUGAUUUGAAUGCUCAUCCACCGUAUCGUAGUUCACUGUUACAUUAUUCAUCAGGUUAUGAUAGUUUGGUUCUUGAACGAGCAGGGUUUCUUGUUAGUACAUUGAUACACUUCUGGUUAGUUAAUAAUGAUUUCUCGCCAUUGGCCGUGGCUACUUGCAAGUCAUUUGGUGUGACUUUCCCUUUCCGAUCAGUUCUGGGUGAGACCCCACCUACGUCUGGGUUGGGUGAGGUAGUGAACGUGUUUGUGAAGUACCUGAAUUUUAGUAUGGUUACAUUUGCUGAUGGGUCUGAUCAUGUUAAAUAUUCUGAGAGUCCUAGGUGGAGGAUCUCAGGUUCUGUUGAUUUUAUGAAGUCAAAGGAUGCUACAUCAGGAACUUUCGGUGUGCACUCUGUUAGUUCUUGGAACUCUUGGAUUCAGAGGCCAUUGUACAGAUAUGUGUUGAGGGCCUUCUUGUUUUGCCCUGUGCAGACUUCUAUUAAGAAUGCAUCUCAGGUAUUUUCAGUUUGGAUUAACUACAUGGAACCUUGGGCUAUCAGCUUGGAAGAUUUUGUGGAGCUUGCUGCCAAUGAGGGUAUAUCAAGAAAAAAUAUGACAAUGGAGACCUCCCGAUCUCCUUCACGUGGAUAUUCAUCUUCCUGGCAGGGCUUUGUAUUGGCUAACUAUCUGUUCUACAGUUCCUUGGUUAUGCAUUUUGUUGGAUUUGCACACAAGUUUCUCCAUACAGAUGCAGAAGUGAUAGUACAGAUGGUAUCAAAGGUUAUAAACAUAUUGACAUCGUCUACAGAGCUGAUUGACCUCAUUAAGAGUGUGGACACCGUUCUUCAUUCUAAACCAGCUGGAUCAUCCAAAUCAAUGCUUAAUAACUUAUACAGAUAUGUUCCAGCAAUCCGAGAACAGUUGCAGGACUGGGAGGAUGGCCUGUGUGAGAGUGAUGCUGAUGGAUCAUUCUUGCACGAGAAUUGGAAUAUAGAUCUACGACUUUUCAGUGAUGGUGAAGAUGGUGGACAGCAACUUCUUCAGCUCUUUCUGUUACGUGCAGAGUCUGAGCUGCAAGCCAUAUCAGGAGACAAUCUUGGACACAACCUCCAGUGUUUACAUGCUCUGAAAACGCAGUUGGACUGCUUGUUUGGUGGCCCUCUUGUGAAGUCCAUGUCAUUCAUGCAGGAGUCAAAACAGUGUCAGCAAUCGCGUGAUGAAAUAUUCAAGCCCAGAAGGGUUGGCUAUCAAACUUUGGCUGAUGUAAAAUACAAGGGUGAUUGGAUGAAGCGGCCUAUCUCUGAUGAUGAGGUUGCUUGGCUUGCAAAGCUGCUUGUCAAUGUGUCAGGCUGGCUUAACGAGAUCCUUGGGCUAAACCAGAGCGAGAGCAGUCAUGUAGGUCCUGUCUGGUCAUAUGUGGAGUUGUCAGGUGAUGCACGCAAUGUUCAUGGACUUACAGACACCAUGAAAGUAGUGUUGUGUUCUGUUGGUUCUUGGCUCGUCACAGUGGGUGGUGCUGUAGUGAUGUUCAUGAGAAAGCACGGUUUGCGGGUGAACCUCAGGUUGCUAGCCUCAAAGAAGGUGGUGGCAGUGUUUGUUAUGGUUAUUGGGUUCAGCGUUCUGAAAAACGCUUUUGCAGAGCGUUAG